AUGGCUCCAGGGAUCGCUGAAGGCCUCUCGGGCAAACGGGCUCAACUUGCUGGCCCUACGGGUUUGAAGGGUAUCAUCUACAAUGGCAAGACGACGGCCAUCGCCUUCUUUGCGUCGUUGGGCGGUCUAGUCUAUGGCUACAAUCAAGGCAUGUUCGCCCAGGUCUUAGUCAUGCACUCCUUCAUCGAGAAGACGAACGGCUAUGCUCAGCACGCUGGUCUUGGUCAAGGCCUUCUCACAUCCAUCCUCGAGCUCGGCGCAUGGGUUGGCACUCUGGCGAAUGGUUACCUCGCUGAUGCUGUUGGUCGACGAGUCUGUGCUGUGAUUGCUUCUGGCGUCUUUAUUAUCGGUGUCAUCGUCCAAGCUUGCACGGAAAACAAGGACUAUGUCUUCGCUGGCCGGUUCGUGACUGGACUGGGUGUCGGAUCGCUAUCCAUGAUUGUGCCGCUAUACAACGCAGAGCUGGCGCCGCCUGAGGUCAGAGGUGCACUAGUUGCGGUACAGCAGCUUGCGAUCACCUUUGGCAUUAUGGUGUCGUUCUGGAUCGGCUAUGGGACGAACUUCAUUGGUGGCACUGGUGCUACGCAAUCCAACGCUGCGUGGUUGAUCCCCAUCUGCCUCCAAGUCCUUCCUGCCCUCGUCUUGGCUGCUGGCAUGAUGCUCUUCAUGCCCCAGUCACCACGACAUCUGAUGAACAAAGGUCGAGAAGACGAGUGCUUGCAGACACUGGCAAGGCUCCGGAACUGCUCCCCACAUGAGCUGAGGGUCCAAGUUGAGUUCCUUGAGAUCAAGGCACUACGCGAAUUCGAGAAGUCCGUUGCUGCCCUCAAAUACCCUCAAUGGCAGUCUGGCUCGUUCUCAGACAGUUUCAAGAUCGCCGCGUACGACUGGGCUUCGCUGUUUACGAAUCCGAGUUUGCGCAAGAGGACAAUUGUGGCUGUGCUCAUCAUGACGUUCCAACAGUGGAAUGGUGUCAAUGCGAUCAAUUACUUCGCUCCGAUCAUCUUUCAAGGUUUUCAGCUCCCAGGCAACACCAUUUCUCUUCUCGCUACCGGCGUCGUUGGCGUUCUCGAGUUUCUCUUCACCAUCCCGGCAGUCCUCUACGUCGAUCAAUUCGGCCGGAAAAACAUCCUCAUCGCUGGAGCCAUUGGAAUGGCCGCCUGCCACUUCAUAGUCGCUGGCUUGAUUGGCGGUCUUGGUGAUGACUGGCCGGCCCACCGAGCUGGUGGAUGGGCCUGUGUGGUCUUCAUCUGGAUCUACAUUACCCAGUUCGCAUACAGUUGGGGUCCCGUUGCCUGGAUCGUGGUGUCCGAAGUCUUUCCACUGAGUAUGCGAGCCAAAGGGGUUUCGUUUGGUGGUAGUUCCAACUGGCUGAACAACUUUGCUGUUGGACUGUCGACCAGUCCAUUCAUCGCGACCAGCCAAUUCGGCACAUUCAUCUUCUUCGGCUGUAUCACUACAGUCGCUGCUAUAUGGGUACAUUUCUUCGUUCCAGAGACCAAGGGCAAGACUUUGGAAGAGAUGGACGAGCUGUUUGGUGCUGCCGGCUUUGCUGCGGCCGAUCUUGCUCUCAAGGCCAGAAUCGAGCGUGAGAUUGGUUUAACUCAAUUACUUGGCGAUGAGGACCGGAAUGCGUCUGUCGGUGGUAUGGAGAAGAUGCGAAAGGACAAUGAGGAGGUGGCGGACGAGAAGGAUGAGGUCAAAACCAUUGGCUGA